AUGGCACCCGCGCCCCCAAAAUGUGAAAAGGCCGUCACCAGGUACGACAACAAAAUCACCCCAAAACCCGCCGUCAAGUACGAACCCACCUCCACCCCCACCCCCAAACCCAAAGGUAAGGCCGCUCGCAAAUCUAAGACCACGGUAGGCCUCGAGUCCCGGCCGAAACUCGGCUGCGUUACACCCGAGCUCACCAAGGCGCUGAACCAUAUGGCCCGUGGCUUUACGCCGAUUUCUGACAGGAAGCUCAUCGAAGAGUUUUUCCGCUAUCAUCGGUACCAGUUGAGGAGUAACACUGACGACGAGAGCAGAGCCGAUAAUGACGGUCGCGUCCAGGUCGCCUCUGAAGAACUCAACAAUGUUGUAGACACAUCGAAGUGGUUCAGGGAAACGGCCGAGAUCCCACCUCAGGCGCAAGCACUAUUAGAGCAGUACUCCGGUCUUGUACCUGAGCAAGUAAUCCCGCAUGUUACUGACCUGACCCAUCUUACCGGCGCUCUGAAGGGAGGAGAGCGACGUGGCCUAUCCAAUGAUACGGCCUUCUUUCUACACGGCCUUGAAAGUUUCGACAAGUUCUGGCAAGACCUUGGAGCUGCCUCUGGGAGCAAAUUGAGGGUAGAUGCGAGAGCUGAGAAGGCAACGGAAGCGACAUUGAGCCUGCCUUGGAGUACGCCUGACGAUAAGAUGCUUGUCUUUACAGUCAGAAGAGAAUAG